AUGCCUGCCAACUGGACAGAGGGAAGCACCACUUCCAACCAGACCACACUGACUCUGGGCUUGUCCCCAGUCACCUGUACAGCAACUGUGACUUUCACUGAAGUGGUGGACCAGGAGGAAUGGGGCUCCUUCUACUACUCCUUUAAGACGGAGCAACUGAUCACCCUGUGGGUCCUCUUCGUCUUCACCAUCGUUGGAAACUCCGUUGUUCUGUUCUCCACAUGGAGGAGAAAGAGGAAGUCAAGAAUGACCUUCUUCGUGACCCAACUGGCCAUCACAGACUCUUUCACAGGACUAGUCAACAUCUUGACAGACAUCAUCUGGAGGUUCACUGGAGACUUCAUGGCACCUGACCUGGUUUGCCGCGUGGUCCGCUAUCUGCAGGUUGUACUGCUCUAUGCCUCCACCUACGUCCUGGUGUCCCUCAGCAUUGACAGGUACCAUGCUAUUGUGCACCCCAUGAAGUUCCUGCAAGGAGAAAAGCAAGCCAAGGUGCUGAUCGGGAUUGCCUGGGGCCUGUCUUUCCUGUUCUCCAUCCCCACCUUGAUCAUAUUUGGGAAAAGAACGCUUUCCAAUGGUGAAGUGCAGUGCUGGGCCCUGUGGCCUGAUGACUCCUACUGGACACCAUACAUGACCAUUGUGGCCUUGCUAGUGUACUUCAUCCCUCUGACAAUCAUCAGUGUCAUCUAUGGCAUUGUGAUUCGAACGAUUUGGGUUAAAAGCAAAGCUUACGACACUGUGAUUUCCAACUGCUCAGAUGGAAAACUGUGUACCAGCUACAACCGAGGGCUCAUCUCAAAGGCAAAAAUUAAGGCCAUCAAGUAUAGCGUCGUCAUUAUUCUUGCCUUCAUCUGCUGCUGGAGUCCAUAUUUCCUCUUUGACAUACUGGAUAAUUUCAACCUCCUCCCAGACACCAAGGAGCGUUUCUAUGCCUCUGUGAUCAUCCAGAACUUGCCAGCCCUGAAUAGUGCCAUCAAUCCUCUCAUCUACUGUGUCUUCAGCAGCUCUAUCUGUCUUCCUUUUGGAAAGCAAAGAUCACAGGAUUCCAGAAUGACUUGCCGGGACAGAACUGAGAGGCAAGAGAUGAAAAUUCUUUCCAAGCCAGAAUUUAUCUAG